UUCUCAUUUUUUGACUGUGAGUUUAAGGUUCAAACUCUAUCAUCCCUUCCAGUUCGGGCCAGGGUCGUGACCACUCACAUCAUCAACCGUCGUUUAGGUUUCUUCCAUACCCUUAGUUUUUUUCGGCAUAAUAACUCAAGACCUGUGGUUCUCUUUUAGCUGACCUUAGUCCGCCUGCAUGCGUGAAGCAGGCCUUACUGCUCCAGAGGGUCUCUCAUUUUGUUUUCGUCCAUCAUUUUGAUGUCUAGUGAGACUCCGUUCAUGGCUGAUUUUCUUCUUUUUUUUCCCUUUGCUUUGUGAAGCCUUUGCCUAUCCCUGUUGCGACUUCGGCGUCCCUCCAUCUCUCGCUGAUCUAUGCUUUGAUGGUUGUUGGUGUCAUUAAUACUCAUAUUAUUUUUGUAUAAGAUUAUAUUUAAAUUAUUUGGAAGUAAAAACACCGUGGAACUUAUGAUCAUUUUUGCGUGUAAUUAAAGUGUAAUCUAAGGGUUUUUUUUUAAUAAGGUAUUGAAAAAUUUUAUUGUAUAGAAAUCAAAAAUAUAUAUAUAUAUCCGGCGUUUUCUGUAUGUUUUUUUUUUUUAAGUUUUCUCAAAAGAUUUUUUUAGCUUUGUGUGGCCCAUUUUAUGUUCCUUUCUUUUUUCUUUUAAUAUGAAUUUACUCUUCCUUUUCAUAGAUUUUUUUGAGUUAUUUAUGUGGUUUCUGUUUGCAUUGAGUUUUGAAGUUAAUAUGUUUGAGGUAAUUUUAACUGAUUAUCAAUUAAAUUAAUAUUUAAUUAAUUAAUGUUAAUUAAAUAUUAAUUUAACUUAUAUUGAUAUUUUUAUCUGUGUAAAAAAUAUAAAUUCGAGUGCGUAUUAUGAUCUUAUUUCAGAAUUGAAGAAGGAGGAUUGAUAGUUUUGAUUAUUAAAUAAAAAUAUAUUUAAACCAAGAGAUAAAAAUGUCCUUUCUGCAUCAAUAUGCCAGUAUGCGUGAAUUAACAAAUAUGCGCAGAAACAAAACAAGUCACUGUAUUGUAUUACGUAUGUGUUUUUUCUUUUUGUUGGUUUUUUUUUCCUUCUUCUCUGUCUCUCCCCACCAAACAAAAAAGCACAGAGGAAAACAACUUUCCUUUCUCCAUCCCAAAUAACAAGAAAUUUUUUUAAGGAGCAAAAAAUUUCCUUUUCCCCAGGAGAAUGUGUGAGCCAGAGGAAGACAAAGCAUGUCCUUUCCCGCCAAAACAACAACCGCAGGGGAUCAUGGAUUCGGUUGAUGAUGAUGAUGAUGAUGGCGUUGAUCUCCACAAUUCCUGGCCGUUGGAUCAGCUGACUUUCCUUUCUAACCCACCUUCUCCUUUCAUCAUAUCUUCUUCUGAGCAGCCUUUUUCUCCUCUCUGGACUUUCUCUGAUGAGGAUAGUAAGCUUGGGUCUGCAGCCGGUUACAAUCUUUUCCUAACCUGCACUUCCAAUUCAGUGAAUGAGAAUCCCAAGGAAGACGAUAAUAAGAGAGGGCUGUCUUCGCCAUUUCUGGGACCGGUUCCACUUGAGAACCCGGAUAGUUAUUGUGCAAUGAAAGAAAGGAUGACUCAGGCACUGCGUUACUUCAAAGAAUCGACACAACAACAUGUUCUAGCACAGGUUUGGGCGCCCAUAAAGACUGGUGGCCGAUAUGUCCUAACGACUUCGGGACAACCCUUUGUUCUCGAUCCGAAUAGCAACGGGCUGCAUCAGUAUCGGAUGGUUUCAUUGAUGUACAUGUUUUCUGUCGAUGGGGAGAGUGAUAAGCAGCUCGGGCUUCCCGGUCGUGUUUUCCUGCAGAAAUUGCCAGAAUGGACUCCAAAUGUGCAGUAUUAUUCGAGCAAAGAGUACUCACGGCUUGGUCAUGCUUUGCAUUACAAUGUUCAGGGAACCUUGGCAUUGCCAGUGUUUGAACCUUCAAUGCAGUCUUGUGUUGGUGUACUUGAACUCAUAAUGACUUCACAGAAGAUUAACUAUGCACCUGAGGUUGAUAAAGUAUGCAGAGCACUUCAGGCAGUGAAUUUGAAGAGUUCAGAAAUAUUGGAUCAUCCGAUCACCCAGAUUUGCAAUAAAAGUCGCCAAAAUGCGUUGGCUGAAAUUUUGGAGAUUUUGACAAUAGUAUGUGAAAAUCACAAACUACCUUUGGCUCAAACCUGGGUUCCUUGCCAGCAUCGCAGUGUUCUGGCCUAUGGUGGUGGUCUAAAAAGAAGCUGUACAAGCUUUGAUGGUAGCUGCAUGGGACAAGUCUGUAUGUCAACAACUGAUUUGGCUUCCUAUGUUGUAGAUGCUCACACGUGGGGUUUCCGAGAGGCUUGUCUCGAGCAUCACCUACAAAAGGGUCAGGGUGUUGCCGGUCGGGCCUUUUUAUGCCACAACUCGUGCUUCUGUGCCGACAUUACCCAGUUUUGCAAAACUGAGUACCCCUUGGUACACUAUGCUCGCAUGUUUGGAUUAACCGCAUGUUUCGCAAUCUGUUUACGGAGUGCUUAUACCGGAGAUGAUGAUUAUGUUCUUGAAUUCUUUUUGCCCUCUGCUAUUGUUGACAGCAAUGAACAACGGACUUUGUUGGGCUCCAUACUGGCAACAAUGAAGCAGCAUUUCCGAAGUCUUAAGGUUGCUUCCGGAGCCAAACUUGAAGAGAGUGAAGGAUUUAUCCAAAUCAUUGAAGCUUCUUCAGAUGAAAGGCAUGAUUCGAUACUUGAAUCAGUUCCAAUCCCUCCAUCUGUGAAAUCACCACCUGGGAUUAACACCUCACCAGAUAGAGAACUACAAUUAGAUUCGUCACGACAGCAUUUAACCAUGAAUCUUGACCCUGCAACUACUGGAGGUAGCGUUGCAGCUAGCAGAAGUGACAAACCUGUUUGUCUUCCACAGAAUAAAGAUGGAAAAAAACUGGAGAGAAAACGUGGGAAAACCGAGAAAUCAAUUAGUCUGGAGGUGCUCCAACAGUAUUUUGCAGGGAGUCUCAAAGAUGCUGCAAAAAGCCUUGGUGUUUGUCCUACAACAAUGAAGCGCAUCUGCAGGCAGCAUGGGAUCUCCCGAUGGCCAUCUCGUAGGAUCAACAAAGUUAACCGUUCCUUGAGCAAGCUAAAAUGUGUUAUUGAAUCUGUCCAAGGUACGACAGACAGCACAUUUGGUUUAGCUUCUCUCGCCAGUAGUCCGCUCCCAGUUACUGUUGGUUCGGUAUCAUGGCCAAGCAGUUUGAAAGGUUCCAAUCAACAGAACUCACCAAAAUCCAAACCCUUGGAGCCUCAAGGUGAAAAAGAUGAUAGUACACAGGGAAGCAAUGGACAAGCUUUGGUGGAAGAUUGGUUGCUGGGAGGGAGGACAUCGAGCCAAGAACUUUUCCCUCAGCUGAAUGGGCUUUCACCAAACAUGGAUGAAAGGGAAGAAGUAAUGAGAUGCCAAAGAGAAGAGAGUGCUGACAUGCCUACAUCUCGUGGCCUGUGCCAAGGUAAUCCUGAAAUUGAAAGUGCAUGUACUAAAGAUCCACUCAAUUCCAUUCAAUGCUUUAAAGCACACAGCCCUCCUGAAUUUGCCUUUCAAACUUUAGGGGGGUUGAAUGUAUCAGCCACAUUCUCAAUGCCCGAAGCCCUUCUGGCUACAGAAUGUCAAGAGCCCUUUGGGGGUAUGCUAGUAGAGGGUGCCGGAAGUUCUAAAGACUUGAGAAACUUAUGCCCUUCAGCAGCGGAAGCCGCCGUAGAUGAGACACCACCUCCAUAUUCUGAUCUGGCUCUCAAGCAGGCCACAACUACUUAUACUCGAUCAACACCCAAUUUAACAGCUAGGCAGGGAAAAACAAGUGUGACGGUUAAGGCUACAUACAGAGAAGAUAUAAUUAGAUUUCGGAUCUCCUUAACUUCUGGUAUAGUGGAACUGAAAGAGGAAGUGGCCAAGAGGCUGAAGCUGGAUGUGGGUACUUUUGAAAUCAAGUAUUUGGAUGAGGAUAAUGAAUGGGUUUUGAUAGCUUGCGAUUCCGACCUUCAGGAAUGUCUAGAUGUUUCAAUAUCAUCAGGCAGCAAUAUGGUGAGAUUGUCUGUUCAAAGUGCGAUGGCCAAUCUAGGCAGCUCCUGUGAGAGUACUGGAGUGUUAUGAUUAGGUUGUAAUUUUAGAAUUUAAUUCUUGUAGUCAUAGAAUUCUAGGUGAGUGAAAGUACAGGUUUUGGUUCCAAGUGCUUUCUCAAGUUGUAAGAAACCUUUCUUUUUAACUAAUAAAAAUCCCAAUUCUCGUCUCUGCUAAAGCAAGACAAAAAGAA